UCUCAGUGGCAUUUCUAGUAAAUAGGACUUAGGUUUUAGUUGCAGUCCGAAAGGACUUAGGCACUGUUAUGAUAUAAUUGUUAUGUUACAUCAAUAAAUUCAAUUAUUUGGCACGCUGAAAAAAAGACACAGAAAUUCCUAAAUAGCGGGCUCAUACUUCGGACGGCUGUUGGUUUUUGCGCAGGUUAAUAUAUUUAACGCCCCGAAUCGAAAGCAGCGGGAGGGAUUCGUGCGUGAGAGUGAAGGGGGUGUGCAGGUGACAGGGCGCCGCGGAUCGCUGCAUCCCGCGGAAACACGUGCGAAAGUACUGAGCUCCUUUCUCUUACGGCAAGGCAAAGAUGGAGCGACGCUGCCGGACGCGCAGAGCCGAGCUGCCGGGGACCGUCACGGAUCUGCGGGCGGAGUCCAGACGCCGGUCAGAUCGCUUUUAUUACUCUUUUAUGCUGUGAAGGCGCCACUCGUGCGUGAAUUUAGCUGGUAACAGAAGACCGGAGGAAGGGCGCCCUUCGGUCCGUUUCCCAUCCGGGCAGAAGAGUUGGAGGCGCUGGACUAACUAAACUACGCUUUGCAUGUCAUGGAUGCAUCACGUUGUGAAAACUAAGGGUCUCUUUUCGUUUCUGGUGAUGCCGGGAUGAUGGCAGAGGUACAGACGACGGAAAGUGUAACGGGACCUUUGUCAGAUUCUGCGGCUGGUCCUGCGGCUGAUCCGGCGCCGGUGGCCGCAGCGAAGGCUGCUUUGGGCAGCACCGACGCCGGACUCCCCCCGUCCAGCGCCCGCGCCUUCCUCGAGGUCGCCGCGGCCGCCGUGGCCACCGCGCACCCGGUUUUUGGAGCAGAAGUGGUUUAUGCCAAUGGAAGAUACAAAGAGCUCGGCAGCCCCAGGUUCGCCCGAUGCAGGGAGGAUUCCGCCGAGAGGAGUCAGGCCGCCGUUUAUACCCCUUGCGGCAUUAUGAAGGAUGGUUCCAAGCAGAAGCAGGUGCGCAAGAAGACUGUGUCCUUCAGUUCCAUGCCCAACGAUCGCAAGAUCAACAGCACUGCUGCUUGCAUAUCCUUCAUGAUGGAGGGCUGCGAGAUGAAGAAAGUGCGCUCCAACUCCCGCAUGUACAACCGGUACUUCCUGCUGGAUUCGGAUAUGCACUGGCUUCGGUGGGAGCCCUCUAAGAAGGACUCGGAGAAGGCCAAACUGGAGAUCAAGAGUAUCAAAGAGGUGCGGCUAGGAAAGAAGACCCCAGUUCUGCGCAGCAAUGGACUGUCUGAGCAGUUCCCUGAGGAGUGCGCGUUCUCCAUUAUCUAUGGGGAAAAUUAUGAGUCAUUAGACCUGGUGGCCAGUACAGCCGACGUGGUCAGCACCUGGGUUAUGGGCCUUCGGUAUCUCGUCUCCUACGGCAGGCACACGGUGGGCGUUAUCGAGCCCAGUCAGCCCAGCUUGAGAACGUCCUGGAUCGGAUCAGUGUUCGAGUUGGCCGACGUAGCAAAGGAGGGCCAGAUUGACGUCUUCAGAGCCACCCAGAUCAUCAAGGGACUGAACCCUGGAAUGAAGGCUUCUCGGAUAGAGCUGAAGUUUAAAGAGCUACAAAAAGCUAAAGACCAGUAUGGGGAGAAAAUAAAUGUAGAAAUAUUUACAGAGGCCUACUGUGAGUUGUGCACACGGCCAGAGAUAUUCUUUCUUCUGGUGCAGUUCUCUAGCAAUAAGGAGUACCUAGAUUGCAAGGACCUAAUGCUGUUCGUUGAAGUAGAACAAGGGGUGGAGGGGGUCUCCGAAGAGAUGUGUAGAAAUAUAGUCCAGAAGUACGAGCCGUCAACAGAGGGCAGAGAACGAGGAUAUCUUUCCAUUGAUGGCUUCACACAUUACCUCCUUUCAUCUGAGUGCCACAUAUUCGACCCCCAGCACAAACAGGUCUGUCAGGACAUGACGCAGCCAUUGUCACACUACUAUAUUAAUUCGUCACACAAUGCUUCUCUACUUGAGGACCACUUCUGGGGAUCCUCGGACAUCGGUAAUUAUAUCCGGGCCCUUAAGAUGGGCUGCCGGAGUCUGGAGGUUGUAGUCUGGGAUGGUCCUGACAAUGAACCUCUUGUAUAUGUUGGGAGCUCAGUAGCCUCCCAGUUAGCUUUUUCCAAAAUCUUAGAUGUCAUCAAUCAGUUUGCCUUUGAGAGCUCUGAGUACCCCUUGAUUCUCUGCCUGGUAACCCACUGCUCUCUACUCCAGCAAAAGGUUAUGGCACAACACAUGAAGAAGAUCUUAGGGGAUAAGCUAUACAUGGAGCCCCCUAAGGCAGAUGAGCAUUACUUGCCCUCUCCUGAGAAACUUAAGGGGAAAAUCCUUCUUAAGGGGAAGCGUUUGCCAUCUAACUAUCCAGAUUCAGAGGGGGAAGUGACAGAUGAGGAAGAAGGAAUGGAGAUGUGCAGGAGAGUUGGGUCAGAUGAGAAUUAUCACAUCAAUGGGGUGGGCAUCAAAAGGCUGAAGCUCUGCAAGGAUCUUUCCGAUCUGGUGUCCUUGUGUAAAUCUGUGCAGUUCAGGGACUUUGAAACUUCAAAGAGAGACCAGAAAUAUUGGGAGAUAUGCUCUUUCAAUGAAGUCAUUGCCAACAGGUUUGCCAAUGAAUUCCCAGAAGAUUUUGUUUGUUACAACAAGAGGUUCCUUUCAAGGGUGUACCCAACCCCCAUGAGAAUUGAUGCUAGUAACAUGAACCCUCAGGACUUCUGGAAGUGUGGAUGUCAGAUUGUAGCCAUGAACUACCAGACACCAGGUCUGAUGAUGGACCUCAACCAGGGCUGGUUCAGGCAAAAUGGAAACUGUGGUUAUGUGUUACGUCCAGCCAUCAUGAGAGAAGAAGUAUCGUAUUUUAGCGCGAAUGCUAGGGACUCGCUGCCAGGUGUGUCUGCUCAGUUACUGCACAUCAAGGUCAUCAGUGGCCAAAAUCUGCCCAAACCACGCGGGUCAGCCGCCAAAGGAGAUGUGGUAGAGCCCUACAUCUAUGUGGAGAUACACGGAAUUCCCGCAGACUGUGCCGAGCAGAGGACUAAGACUAUCUCGAAAAAUGGGGACAACCCCAUCUUUGAUGAGAGCUUUCAGUUCCAGAUCAACCUUCCCGAGCUGGCUGUGCUGCGCUUUGUGGUGCUCGAUGAUGAGUACAUCGGGGACGAGUUCAUCGGCCAGUACACCAUACCCUUCGAGUGUCUGCAGCCCGGGUAUCGCCAUGUUCCCUUGCAGUCCUUGACGGGGGAAUUCCUUCCCAACACUCUGCUGUUUGUGCACAUUGCUAUCACCAACCGCAGGGGUGGGGGCAAAGGCCACAAGAAGGGGCUUUCAGUGCGAAAGAGCAAGAAGGCCAGGGAAUACACGUCCACCAAGUCCACGGGCAUCAAGGUAGUGGAUGAGCUCUUCAGAGCUUCUACACAGCCUCUGAGGGAAGCUACCGAUCUUAGAGAAAACGUUCAGAAUGCCAUGGUGUCCUUCAAGGAGCUCUGUGGGCUGACUCCAGCGGCCAACAUGAAGCAGUGCAUCCUGACGGUCUCCAGCUGGCUGCUGAACAGCGAGCGCGUCCUCCAGGUGUCCGUGGACCUCAGCGGGCCCUACCCAUCCAUGGAGGCCCACGGGCCGAUUCCGGAGCUGCUUCGCAAGGUCCUCAAUGCCUACGACAUGAUGAUCCAGACAAGUCGGACAUUGAUCGAAUCUGCCGACGUGGUCUACGCUAAGCUGAUGCAAGCCCAGCGGGCCGGGCUGGACUUCCAUGAAGAUCUCCACAAGAUCGGGGCCAAGGAAGGACUGAAAGGUCGGAAGCUACAGAAAGCUAUGGAGAGUUUCGCCUGGAACAUCACGGUAUUGAAGGGCCAAGCAGACCUUCUGAAGCACGCCAAGGGGGAGGCGCUGGACACCCGGCGGCAGAUCCACAACGCCGCCCAGACCUGCGGGCUCAGCAAGAACGGGGCCACGUCCCCCGAGGUCGCCCACACCCAUGCCGGGCAGGACCCCGUCCCAGAAGCAGAAGCGGGGGGUGAUAUUGGCCCCACCUGAUCGCACGUCAGCCAGAUGCAAGGAGGCGGAAG